UUCAAGGAUUACAGCAAAUGGGAGCGAAGUACAAGAACAAAGCCUUUGCUUUGGGCAACAUUUCAUCAUAAAGCAGUCAUAUCAUCUAACAAAGGAGAAAUCAUACCAUCUCCACCUGGAAAAUCAGGAAAAUCUCAAAACGCUGUCCAAAAUGAUGUCACAACUCUCCCCAAACUCUCUACAAGAAGGGCACCUGAAAAAGUGGAGCAGGACCAGAUCACCUCAAAGAGGAAAGACAACAUCAAAGCACUGAUGUUACUCAUCACAUCCAGAAAAAACGCAAUAAAAGACCUGGAGGAGCACUGUGAACAGCUUCAAGAGAGGAACCUGCAGAUGGCCAGAAGCAUUAUUGACACAGACAGAAGCUCAGUCUCCAGAGCCAAAGAACUGCUCACACAGAGAGAACAAAUGAGGAGAUCAAUGGUAGCUUUGAAAAAAUGGGAUGACAGUCUUAUUAAAAGUGCCAACGCAGAGCUGACAGAUACAGAGGAAGUGUCACAGACUAAUCUCAGCGGUUUGCAGAAGCAGUUGGACAUGGUAAAAGCAGAGGUGGUAAAGGCUCGGAAAGAGCUCCGCUUCCUGAAGACAUACAAAGAUAUGGAGUUCCCAGUCAAGGCCUUGCAGAUUGCAGACAUGAAAAGAAAACUAGAUAAACUGAAAGAGAUGCAACAGAAAGAGCAAGAGGAUGUUAAUCUGUUGUUUGAGAAAGAAACAGUCCAUUUGGAGAGAUGCCAACACCAAAGAGAACAGGAAGUGCUUUCUGCUGUUGUUGAGAAACAUGAAUCCCAGGUCCCUCCCAUUGUCAAACUCGUGGCCUCACAGAAUUACACAAUGAGGGAAGAGAUUGAUAUGCACAGAAAAGUGAUAAUGGAGCUAGAGCAGAAGAACGAAGAGCUAAUGAAGAGUAUUCAGGAACUGCAACUAUCGAGACCAAACAUCAGGAGAGAGAUCUUUCCAGAUGUUUUCCUGAAAUCAGAUAAGUGUACUCCAGAUAUGGACGUCCAUCUCGAUAUACCCCAAGAGGAUUUACUCCCCGUGUAGCCCUGUGCUAAAUGCAUUACCUUUUUGAGUCUUCCCCUGAGCUGCUAUAUAUUACAGACGAAAAUCAAUGGAGCCACUUCAUUAAAUCAUUUUACUCAGUCAAACAUUUUUACAGAUCUUCCUUACUUUAUUUGCCUUUGCUUUCAGUUUGUUUUAUUGGCUCGAUCCUCUUUAUUUUUUUUUCUAUAUAUUCUACUCUAGUGCAAGUACCGUAAUUUAUUCAUGUGCCUUUAAACAUGCAAG